AUGGUGUUCAGAAGUUUCGCUGACCCUGUCCUGGUUGCAACCCACGUUCGAGAAUGCUUCAUCUAUUUCCAGAAAGUCUGCGACAGUCUCGAGAAGGCCGAGUCACGUAUCAGGCAGAAGAUACUACCCGGCCGUUUCGAUGAUGAGUUGGGUCGCUUCAAGAUCUGGUGCGGCAAUGUCGGCGCGCACAGAUUCGGCAAAGGCUCACUCGAUUACAAGCUUCGCGAAGCUUCGCACAUACAUGACCAGGUCAUCGAGCUGCUAAAAGGCAUGACAUCCAGUCUGGGGAAGGCCAACGCAAUUAUCACUGGUGAAAUAACUCCAUGGGAAGACCUUUCUGACUCUGAUUCGGAUGUGUCUGAGGAUUCAGACAAACGGGAUGCCACAGAAUUAGAGCAGCACGCAUUCAGCCUAUCCGAGAUCAACACUUGCCUCAUGCGACUAUCAAUGGCGAUCCGAAAUCCUGCACCUCACGACCAGUUCAAGGAGUCUGCCCACUUCAGAGUCUCUCAUUUCGAACACUUCGAUAUGCAGCAUGUACGAGCUAAAUUUCCCAACGCCGAAGAAUACCUAGUAGCUCGUUUGGGCAAGGCCAUCUCGCGUCGACGGCAAUAUCUCAACUACCGUGAAGAGCAUCGGCAAAGACUUGCGCAGGGACUAGAGCCAGCUGCGGAUUUGGUAGCAGUAAACAAUGCCCUGGUAGAAGUGCCGCAGUCCGAGAUCAUGGACACACCGCAGCAGAAGCCAGAAACGACGACAGAUUUCUCCGAAAGGAUUGCGAGUACUGUCGCAUCUUCACUACCCUCGGCUCUCAAGGCCACCAUAUCCGUAACAGAGCUUAUGGAUGAAGCCUACUACGAAGAGACCCUUUCUCAAACCAGUUACGCGUCUUCUGGGUCAGAGUCUACUAGACUGCGUCCACCGCGCAUUCCAAAACUCGGUGAGCAUGGCGACCCUUUCGAAUGCCCGCUCUGCUUCCGAUUCACGUCGGCCCAGCAUGAAUUCGCCUGGCGCAAACAUGUUUACCGUGAUCUACAACCUUACGUAAGUGAUCAAUAUGACUCAAAUACGCUCUAA